AUGUCGGGCGAGAGCGAGAUGGGGCUGAUGGCGGCGGGGACGGGCAAGGGCGACGAGCGCAAGGAGGCGCAGCGGAAGAAGAAUGUUCGCUUCUCGGGGAACGACGACGACGACGACGAUGAUGACGCCAAGCCACGGCGCGCGGUGCUGCCGGAGAAGAAGCCGAAGAAGGCAAAAGGCGCGCCCGCCGCCGCCGCUGACGUCAGCGCGAUGGAUCUCGACGACCUCGGCGCGGAGCCCGGCGCGGCUGGCGGAGGCGCCGUGGGGGCGGCGGCGCUGAUGGACUCCGCGGACCCGCGCGUGGCGGCGCUGGCGCGCGCGCAGCAGCGGAAGAAGGGGAAGAGCAAGUGGGGGGACACGGCUUUCGGGGGCGUGGAGGACGUGGUGCGCGCCGAGGAGGACUUCCAGGGCGAGGAGGAGGAGGGGGAGGCGAUGGAGCCGUUCAACCUGCAGCAGGAGCGCGAGGAGGGGUACUUCGAUGCGGAGGGCAACUACGUGGAGUAUAGGGAGGACACCGAGGCCACGGUGAGAGGCGAGGACACCGAGGCCACGGUGAGAGGAGAGGACACCGAGGCCACGGUGAGAGGAGAGGACACCGAGGCCACGGUGAGAGGCGAGGACACCGAGGCCACGGUGAGAGGCGAGGACACCGAGGCCACGGUGAGAGGCGAGGACACCGAGGCCACGGACGCAUGGCUGGCGACAGCGGAGGUGGACCCCACGCUGGCGGCCAAGGCAGCAGCGCGCGCCCAGGCAGCAGCGGCACUCCUCCAUGUACUCAUCUCCCCCUUUCCCCGUCUCCCCCCUUCCGCUCCUUCCUCUUCCCCCUGGCAGGACGCAUGGCUGGCGACAGCGGAGGUGGACCCCACUCUAGCAGCCAAGGCAGCGGCGCGCGCCCAGGCAGCAGCGGCAGCGGAGGAGGCGUUAGGCAGCGACAUGGGGCACGGGGAGAUGGCGGCCAUCCGACGGCGCAUCGCUGAUGCUCUCAGGCCGGGGGAGACGGUCAUUCAAGGGCUCAAGCGCCUGGGCCGGGGGAAGAAGGGCGCGGGGCAGGGGGGAGCAGGGGGGAUGAAGGCGGGGAAAGGGGGGAAGAAGAGGGGUCGUCCGGGGGGUGAAGGGGAAGGGGAGGAUGGCGGGGAGGGGAGGGGGAAAGGGGGGAGGCAGCAGAAUAGACCACGGUGGAUGGAGGAGGCGGGAGGGGGGGGAGGGGGAGGAGGGGGGCAUGGAUGA